GAAACAGGAUGUUGGGUCAUUUAAAAAAAAGCACAUAUUGUAUCACACUUAAAGGGACGUUCCUCAAGCACAGAUUCAUUUGACCGUCCGAGAUAUUGGCAUCAAGAUGGCUUUGUCAGGAGCCAAAUCUCUCACCUUUACCUUUGAGGAUUACUAUGACUAUAAUACCACUGAAAACUACACACCCUACGUUCCGGAUCCAAAGACGUUAGCAUGCGAGAUAAAACUUCUGGAUCCUUCAAUAGCCUGGGCCAUGCUUAUCAUCCUUCUAAUCAUCUUUGUACUGGCAAUACCAGGGAACCUGUUAGUCGGGUGGGUGAUCAGCACCACCAAACAGCCGCUGACUCCAUCGGAUGUGUACUUGUUUCAUCUGACGAUAGCAGACGGUCUGAUGGCCCUGAGCAUUCCGUUCUGGGCCUUGGCGCUGGUCAAAGGAUGGAUCUUUGGAGACUUCAUGUGCAAAGCCCUCAACCUCGUCUUCGAAGCGAACUUCUACACCAGCAUCAUCUUCCUGGCCUGCAUCAGCAUCGACCGCUAUCUGGUGAUCGUGCGCUCCAGCGACAGCCUCAAGAGUCGACAGAGGAUGUGCAGCUGGGUGAUCUGUGCAGCGGUGUGGGCCCUCGGCGGGGCCCUCUCUCUGCCUGCACUUUUCUACGACGCCACCAAGCUGGACCCUGACAAAAAGCUGAUGAUUUGCUCUGAAAACUUUGACAUCGGCAGCGCGUCUUCGUGGAGGUUUGCCACACGUGUGUUCCGCCAUGUCUUCGGCUUCUUCAUCCCUCUGUGUGUCAUGGUCACCUGCUACAGCAUCACCAUCGCCAGGCUGCUGCACACUCGAGGUUUCCAGAAGCACCGGGCCAUGAAGGUGAUCAUGGUCGUCGUGAUUGCGUUCUUGCUGUGCUGGGCACCGUACCACAUAACCAUGGUGGUGGACACGAUCAUAAGGGCUGAUCUGAUAGUGUUUGACUGUGCUAAGAGGACGUCGGUCACCAUGGCUUUGGCCCUCACUAACUGCUUCGCCCUGUUGCACAGCUGCAUCAAUCCAGUCCUCUACGCCUUUGUGGGCGAGAAGUUCAGGAGGAAUAUGACGCUGCUUAUUCAGAGGAAGGUCAGACAGGAGAGGAUUUCUGGGUCGAAGUACAGCAGGUCGACGUCUCAGACCUCAGAAGGCAACGGAGCCGUGCUCUGAAACCUCGCGGGACUUCUUUAACACACAGUACACCACAUUCAUCACGGCUCCUUGGUGGAGAAAGGACGACGCAUCCCUGAGUCUUUACUUUGGAUUUCUGUGGUGCACUGCUGCCCUCCACUGAGCUUACUGCUGUCUGCAUCCACCAAUUCAUCAGCUGUGUGCUCACACCAAAGAGUGCAUUUAUUUUAAACAUCACGUUUGUGUAUAUAUGCUACACGUUUUCUAUAAACUAUAUGUGCUGUCUCUAUCAAUACAAUGUUUCAAAUGCUUCUGCCAAGUAAAUAAAUGAACAAUAAAAGGCUGAUUUAA